UUGCCGAUAAUGAGAUCGUACGCAACAAAUUAUACGAGCUUCCUGGCAAUAUAACACACUAUUGGAUUACGAUGUGUCUGAUUCAUAAUACACAUGUCUGGAUGACAUUCCUUUAUAAAUCGGAAACGUGAACGAUUUGCUUAUAGUUAAAAUACAAAUAUAUCAAUAUGAAUAUAAAUGACGUACCGUCAGAUAUUAUAUUGGAAAUUUUCACAUACCUACCUCAGCCUGUGUUAGUCACCACCGUUGGACUUGUUUGUCACAGGUGGAACGAACUGGCGUCUGCUCCAGGUUUAUGGCACCAACUUAAUUUAUACCACUCUUCAAUAUUUUUAUCGGCGUCUAAACACAAAUUGGAUGCAAUGCUACAAAAAAUAGGUCAUCAUGUUAAGACACUUAAAACCAGAGUUCCGUGUGUUUAUACAAAGUUUCGACCGGAGCUCUUUACGGAUUUAAAAUCUUUGCAUAUCAGAAUGUACGAUAAUGAUGACAUUGAAAAGUUUGAAGAUAUUAUCGACUGUUUUAAAGAUCUGGAGACGUUCAAACUUGACGUAUCGACGUUUGAAAGAUUAACUAGUAUAAUUUCAGUUUGCAAGCGACUUACAAAUCUUCGAAAGUUUCAUUUGCGCCAUUUCUUUUGCAAUCAUUCUGCAAAUCUUAAGUUGAUGCCUCAUGUUUUUCAAGUUUUAUUUCAAAACACAACACUACUUACUCAUGUCACACUGAGUUGUGGAGAUAUUUAUUUGGAUUUAGCAAUUCAAACUUUAUCUGAGAAAAAUCCUAAUUUAGUGGAGUUGAAUUUGAACAGAUGCAGUGGACUAACAAGUACUGCAUUCACAAGAUUACACUUUUCUAAACUUAGGUCGCUUGUUCUCGAUCGAACUUCUGUUGAUGAUCAAGCCUUAAAACUUGUAGCGGAAAAUUCGCCGUACUUAGAAACUUUUUCGAUUUCUAAAUGUAGGAAUGUUACUGACAAAGGACUCUAUUAUAUCGGUAUAAAAUGCAUACGGCUGCGAAAAAUAACAAUCAAUAUGUAUUCUUCGGGUCUCGAUCAAUGUUGUAAAGUGACCAAUUCAGGUCUUCUCGGCGUUGCCGAGGGCUGCAGUGAUCUGCGACAAAUAAUUGGAAACUACCAUCCAUACAUUAGUGGUGAUAUUCUAUCCAAUAUAAGCCAGUUAUGUUCGAAUAUACAAGUUCUAGAAUUUGAAAAGAUUAGCAAAGUGACAGAUACGGCUCUUAUUGCCAUAGCAACACAAUGCACAUUAUUACAAUGUGUAAAUUUCAGUGAAUGUGAAGGUGUUAGCGGGUCUGGUGUGAGCAGAUUUAUUUCAGACUGUAAAUGGCUGAAGCAAGCUAAGUUUAAUUCAUGCAUGGAUGUUGCUAACAUUUCACUAGGUUCCACUAUAUAUCAAGGACAUGAUGAAACACAAAGGUAUGAACAUUGUGGAAACAAUAUGACGAAAACUCAUUCAUAUAUACAAGUAUUACAUUUUCGAUAUUGCAAAUAUUUGACUGCUAAAUCUCUAAUAGAAAUUUCACAGUUUUGUCCAGAUCUAAUUGAAUUACGAAUAGCCGGAUGGACAGCUGCUUGUGAUACAGACGAUGCUUUGGUACGACUUUUCUUUAACUGUACUAACUUACAGUUACUUUUAUGUUCAGGUAUUCAAGAUACAGAGGAAACAAAUUUCACAACCAGAACCAUAGAAGCCAUAGCCAAAUAUGGACACAACAUAAAGCAACUUCACUUUUCAUUAAACUAUUUUAUCACAAUCGAUGAUCUACAAAAGGUCUUGUCUCAGUGCAACAACCUUGAGCAAAUAACCUUGUAUGUGAACGAAAACACUGCUUUGUAUUUUGGAGACAUUGAGAUUCUAAUAGCUAAUUGUGAUACUAAAAAGAUUGGUCUGAAUUCUUAUAAACGUUUGAUGACAACAUGUUGUCAGAUUUCUAUUAAAAUAUGAUUAAUUCUU